GGAUCGCCCUACAUUGCGGUUCCAAUGACCCAUAGCUUUUCAUUGGCGCAAGAGAAACAAGUCGCCGUACUCUCACCGAUGCAGAUAAAUCCGUUCCGGAUAUAAUACAACACUACCAGCCAUUGGGGGGCAUAUUCCUGUUCUGGGAGGCAUGCGCGUAGGAACAAGGUCCCAAUGCCCGUGAUGCUACUUUCCCCGACUGUGGAGGUACAAAAACCCUGAGACUUGGCAUUCCGACGUUUCUCCUCUACCCUUCGAACAUGUCUGCGUUCUACCCAACCCCUCCACCUCCUGCGACGAAACUCGGACACUAUCGCGUCCUUUCUCCCCUUGCUGGGGUGCGCGUAUCUCCCCUUCAGCUUGGCGGGAUGAGCAUAGGAGACAAAUGGGUCAAGUUUGGUAUGGGAUCCAUGGACAAAGAGUCGAGUUUCAAGCUCCUCGACGCGUACUACGACAUGGGAGGAAACUUCAUCGACACCGCCAAUGGCUAUCAGGACGAGUCCUCUGAGGAGUUUAUCGGUGAAUGGAUGCAGUCUAAGGGGAUACGUGAUCAGAUCGUUGUUGCGACCAAGUACACGGCGAACUACAAGCACAGGAAACCUUCCAUCAAACAUCAGGUUAACUACGCCGGCAAUCAUGCGAAAUCUCUCAACGUAUCCGUGACUGAGAGCUUGCGAAAGCUCCGCACCAAUUACAUCGACAUUCUCUACGUUCAUUGCUAUGACUUUGAGACGUCAGUUCAGGAGACUAUGAAUAGCCUGCACACGCUGGUUCUCCAAGGGAAGGUGCUCUAUCUCGGAAUUUCGGACUCCCCCGCAUGGUUUGUUGCUCAAGCUAACACAUACGCUCUGCAACAAGGGAAAUCCCCGUUCGUCAUCUAUCAGGGCCGGUGGAACCUCCUCGAGCGAUCAUUUGAGCGAGAAAUUAUCCCUAUGGCACGGACGCUUGGUCUCGCCCUCGCUCCAUGGGAUGUCCUCUGCGGAGGAAGACUACGCACAGACGAAGAGGAAGAAGAACGCCGACGAUCUGGAGAGAAAGGUCGAACUCUGGUUAGUGAUUGCUGGGAACGCACAGAGAAUGAGAAAAAGGUAUCCAAGGCCCUUGAAACCGUCGCUCGAGAGCUCGGAGUAAAGAACAUUCGAGCCGUGGCAAUUGCGUAUCUGAUGCAGAAGACGCCAUACGUCUUCCCUCUCAUCGGUGGUCGCAAAAUCGAACAUCUCACUUCCAACCUGGAAGCGUUGGAUGUUGUGCUUUUGCCUGAGCAAACGAAAUAUCUCGAAAGUAUCCUACCAUUUGAUUUGGGUUUCCCAGGGAACUUCGCUGGCUCUGGAGAGGAUAACGGGCUCUGGUUGACGUCGACGGCAUAUGUGGUAAAACAGCCCUUGCUGCAGCCCAUAAAACCCGCUUCUAAGCUCUGAACGGAUUGUUCACGAAAUUAUUUAUCAUAUAUAUGACUUCUCUGGUAUAUUAUUCGUCUCAUUAGUGUAUUCAGCCAAAGUACAAUCGUACAAUCACUAUUAUCCUCACAGGACAAUAUGUUCCCUUGGUUCCCGUUUCGGACAGAUAUUUCGAUACAUUCCACCUCUUUGAAAAAUCUCACAACUGAAAAAAAUGUACCUUUC